GCGCAGUCUGACAUCGUGAGCUACUCCGGCCGUGUGCGCUCGCCGCUCAGCUGCUUUGUUUUCUUUGGAUUAUUUCAGCUUGUGGGUCUUUUUUUUUUUGUUCCCUUCGUCUGCGUUUCUGCUUAUCAGGCGGAGCUGGAAUGUGAACACUGCUGAUCAGCACUGCACGCUUUCUGUCGGGGUGGAACUUUUUCUUCAUUCACAGGCAGGGCGAGUGACAGCAGGACUGGGCACGGUUGGUGUUCGCGUGCGGCUGGGCUGCCCUGCAUGGGAUCAUGUUAAAGCACGGCUCGGCUUCAACGGUGACCACCGCCGACGUCCAGGAUUCCAACAAAAAUGGGAACAUCCGCAGACUGCGGCUUACUCUGCACACUCAGGAGUUGCCGGAAGAGAACAAUGAAGUCCAAGAAAAAGGAAGCAAGGGGAGCGAUGAGAUGACAGCUGGCUCUGCUAGGCGAAGAAAGAAUGGCCACAUGUACAUUGAGAAUGCUACCAUCGUGGAGUCACCCAUACUGCAUCUAUCCACAGCGGCGUCCAGAGUGCCAGCCGAGAAGUCAAAGCGAAGUGUGGUCUAUGGGGUGGUACGCCGGCCAGACACGGAGAACCAGAGCGAAGUGCUUGUGUACCAGUGGUCUGUGAACCAGGUGAAGGAAGACAUGGAGUAUAUUAAGGAGGUCAGGAACUCUUUGGAAAAAGUCAGCGAAAGGAUUUAUGGAGAAUUUGGAGGGAUGCAGCAGAAAUUACAACAGCUGUCUAACGAAAUUCGAGUCGCCAAUACACAGCAACAGGUCUGGCAACAUGAAGCAAAAGUGAAAUCGGCAGCCCUUGACAGCUACAGCCAGAUGAACAGCGCUCUGUCCACGGUGACACUGGACUUGCAGAAAGCUUUGGUAGAUAGCAGCUUGGAACGGAGUGAUAUGAGAGAAGAGAUGAAGAACCUGAGAGAGUCCUACCAACAAGCCAUGGAGAAAAUGAAAGAGAAGGAGCAGCAACUGGUAGCAGCAAUAUCAGAAAAUGAAAUCUUGAAGCUUAAGGUGGAAGCAUCCCAGGAAGCUAAUGCUGAAGCUCUCAGGGACCUGACAAGAAAUCUCCACAGCGAGCAUGAAUAUAAACUUAGAGAAGAGCAGCAGCGUUACCAGGCUGAGCUGGAGGCUUUACAGGCUCAAGUCACCAGUUAUGUCCUGCAGAUUGAAGAAGCCAACAGAAAAGUGAAGGAAACAGAAGAGAAAAUAACUGAGAGAGAUCAGAGAAUCGGUGAGCUGGACAAAUUCAUCAGCCGCAUGGAGAAGGAACGGGAGAUACUGCAGAGGAGCCUGGAGGAAAAAGAAUACGCCUUGGUUCGGAUUCGACUGGCAGAUGAACCAGACAGCUUGGCUCAUAACAAGAGGUCGCAGCAGCUGGAGGAGGAGGCGUCCAGUCUGAGGGAGCGAAUUAAACACCUGGACAACAUGGUCCACUGCCAGCAGAGAAAGGUCAAGCAGAUGAUCGAGGAGAUUGAAAGGCUGAGAGACAAAAUCAUGCAAAAAGAUUUAUAUAUUGAGCAUCUUCUUGAGAGAAUAUGUGCCGUGGAAUGUGAGAAUAAAGAGCUACAAGACAAGCUAAACUACUUACUGUCCAGAAACAAUGUACCAAGAAGUCCUGCUGAAACCAGAGAGAUUGGAGCUGGCUGCGACCUGACAGACAGCAUACAAGUACAGCCACAAUCCCAGACAGAGGUACCUGUUCAAAGAAAGAAGACAACCAUAUCUACACCCUACAUGCGUCUUAUGGAACUCAGUGACAGGAGAAGUAAACAAAACUGGGUUUGUUUUUUUGUGCAUUCGUUUGUCCAUUUCCCCGUCACCCCGUCCGUAAAUAUCAUGGCUACACUAUGGACCGAACGACAGGGUCAUCUUGGUGAACUAACAAAGAAAAGCAAAGAAGAACUUCUCGACAUUUUAAACCGGCAGGAGAAACUGCUAACAAACAAGAGGUUUAUCCAGUCACUUCCUGAUAAAGGAAAGAAGAUUUCAGAUUUUGCUGAAAAAAUCAAAGCUGCUCUUGCAUAUCAUGAAGACAUGAAAAAUAGAACAGAAAUGUUAUCUGCUGUAAAAGUUGAACUUCAUUCUAAAUAUCCACAAAAAAACACCAAACCAAGUGUGUUGGACGAUAGCAGUAUUCAUCAGGAAAAUGGCAAACCAACAGCACUGAUUGGAAAUUGCACUGUGCAGCCUGAAAAUUCAUCAACAGCCGAUAAAACAAUGAAGGAGUUUGAUUUAACACAACAAGGACACUGCAGUGCACCACCAUCUCACAGUAACAAUGGGGUUCAUAGUGAUUCACUCUCUGUUUGCUCUUUAGAGGAAGAAACAAACAAACAAGAAGAACAACUUAUUAAAGCUUUUGAGAAAGUCACACUGGCCAAUUCCACAGCUGUUCAUGUAGAUGAACAAGAUGUAAAAGACUAUAAUGAAGAAAGGUGGUCAGAUGACCAUUUAAAAACUGAUAGCAAUUUAAAGUUGCAUUAUGUUCAAGUUCUAGAAAAAGCACAACAGAAUGCAGUUAAACCCAAAUUCAGGCCCAACCAGUUAUCACAAUCUCAAAACUGUUUAUCAUCUGCCUCCUCAUCGCCAAGCUAUUCUCCACAAGGGCCAGAGUCUCAGCUUUCAAAAGAAGAAAGAAGACUUGAAGAGAAGAAACAUCUGGAUGACAUCACAUCGGCUAAACUUCCUCCACUUCAUCACAUGCCAGCAAUGUUACUGACCUUGGAGGAAUCAGCUGCACUUCAGAUUUCACAGCAGAAAAAAUAUGAGGAACUUCAGGUGAAGCUUGCUGCACGAAAACUAGCGCAAAGGAUGGAUUUCAAGAUGGUAAGAUUUGUUCCAGAAGGUUCAUCUGAACGCGUCUAUAGAGAAGUUCAUGACGAUGGUGCCUACAAUUCAUCAGAAGAUGACUAAUUAUAUUUAAAAAAGCCCUUUGUGCAAGAGGUAGAUGUGAGACAUUUUGAAAACACAUUGAAGAAAUCAUUUUAAAUACAAAAAAUACUCUCUUUAAGGAAUGUGUUUUUAUUAUAUUUGCAGUGUUUAAAGCUAUUUCUUUUUAAAAAUGGGUUAAGUUCAGCAGACAACAAAGUGCCCCCAAGACUCCAUCUUUCACAGUGAUUUUUAAAAUAUAUGAUCAAGGACAUUUACAGUGUAUUUAAUUAUAAUACACACAUUACAGAGGAGCAAUCCUUUUGUUGCAGUAUUUUUUUCAGGUUUACUUUAAUAAAACAAGAGUUUCUAUA